GGUGUAAUGUUCUCAAACAUGUUUGAAAUCCACAUGUUUAUUAGAGUCGUGAGUCUGUGGAAUUCUUUACUUCGGCAAAUGACAGUCCCGCCAUCCCGGGAAUUAACCUUGUACCAGUCGCACCUGCAUCUUGUUCUCACCCAGCAAACUGCCGACAAUGAGUGCUGGAGUAACUCAGCGGGACAGGCAGCAUCUCUGGAGAGAAGGAAUGGGUGACAUUUUGGGUCGAGACGUGUCUGACGCUCUGAGAUAAAAGAUUUUCUCUUCAACAGGCUCUCCACAGACAAGAACCUUGUGUGAAUAUUUCCAGUGCUCAAAACAAUUGCGAAAAUACGUGAAAACUCUUCUGGACUCGGGAAAGACCCAGAUCGCUUGCCCCGUGUGUGACCAGAAGUGGGCGUGGCAGGAGGUACGUGCGCUGGCCUUGCUGACCACCAGCGACCAGACACGAUACGAAACUAAGCUGUUGCGGAUGACCAAGGAGAAAACCGAAUCGUAUAAGAAGUGCCCGAGAUGCUGGCGUUUACUGCAGAGGUUGGAGGUGGAGGAUCGUUACGUCGUUUGCCCGCAGUGCACACGGACCGACGGAGAGGCCUUUCGCGUUUGCUGGUCGUGCGGAAGGCAGUGGAGGGGCCCGGCCCCUGGUGGCGGUGCCCACUGCUCCGACCGUUCCUGCCCCACCGUCUCCCUCCUCCAGAGCUGCCCGCCGAUCGACGGCCCCAGCCUCGCGGUCAACGGGUGCCCCUCGAUCCGCGCCUGCCCGCAGUGCCGGGCGCUGGUCGCCCACGCCGGCGGGUGCAAGUACGUACGCUGCGGGCAGUGCAGCUUCCGUUUCUGCUACCGCUGCCUGGAGCCCUCAAAGCUGUGCCAACAGGCAAAAGCCGGUUCGUAUUUCCUGGCAAAGUGCGGCAAGCCAUUUGCGGCCAGGCAGUCCUUCCCGCUAGAGUAGGCCACUUGUAGAGACACUUGGACUAUCCUUUACCUUGCAUUAAACCUUAUUCCCUUUAUCUUGUAUCUGUACACUGUGGACGUCUCGAUUGUGAUCAUGUAUUGUCUUUCCGCUGACUGGUUAGCACGCAACAAAAGCUUUUCAUAGAAACAUGGAAAAUAGGUGCAGGAGUAGGCCAUUCGGCCCUUCGAGCUUGCACCGCCAUUCAAUAUGAUCAUCCAACUCAGUAUAGAAACAUAGAAAUUAGGUGCAGGAGUAGGCCAUUCGGCCCUUCGAGCCUGCACCGCCAUUCAAUAUGAUCAUGGCUGAUCAUCCAACUCAGUAUCCCGUACCUGCCUUCUCUCCAUACCCCCUGAUCCCCUUAGCCACAUCUAACUCCCUGUUAAAUAUAGUCAAUGAACUGUGGCCUCAACUACCUUCUGUGGCAGAGAAUUCCACAGAUUCACCACUCUCUGUGUGAAAAAUGUUUUUCUCAUCUCGGUCCUAAAAGACUUCCCCCUUAUAGAAACAUAGAAAUUAGGUGCAGGAGUAGGCCAUUCGGCCCCUCAAGCCUGCACCGCCAUUCAAUAUGAUCAUGGCUGAUCAUCCAACUCAGUAUCCCGUACCUGCCUUCUCUCCAUACCCUCUGAUCCCCUUAGCCACAUCUAACUCCCUCUUAAAUAUAGCCAAUGAACUGUGGCCUCAACUACCUUCUGUGGCAGAGAAUUCCACAGAUUCACCACUCUCUGUGUGUGAAAAAAAAUGUUUUUCUCAUCUCGGUCCUAAAAGACUUCCCCCUUAUCCUUAAACUGUGUGUGUGGCCCCUUGUUCUGGACUUCCCCAACAUCGAGAACAAUCUUCCUGCAUCUAUCCUGUCCAACCCCUUAAGAAUUUUGAACGUUUCUAUAAGAUCCCCCCUCAAUCUUCUAAGGAAACAGUUAGACAGGUACAUGGACGGGACGGGUUUGGAGGGAUAUGGACCAAACGCAGGCAGGUUGGAGUCGUGUAGAUAGAAACAUAGAAAUUAGGUGCAGGAGUAGGCCAUUCGGCCCUUCGAGCCUGCACCGCCAUUCAAUAUGACCAUGGCUGAUCAUCCAACUCAGUAUCCCGUACCUGCCUUCUCUCCAUACCCCCUGAUCCCCUUAGCCACAAGGGCCACAUCUAACUCCCUCUUAAAUAUAGUCAAUGAACUGUGUGGCCUCAACUACCUUCUGUGGCAGAGAAUUCCACACAUUCACCACUCUCUGUGUGAAAAAAAAAAUGUUUUUCUCAUCUCGGUCCUAAAAGACUUCCCCCUUAUCCUUAAACUGUGACCCCUUGUUCUGGACUUCCCCAACAUCGGGAACAAUCUUCCUGCAUCUAGCCUGUCCAACCCCUUAAGAAUUUUGAACGUUUCUAGAAGAUCGCCCCUCAAUCUUCUAAGGAAACAGUUAAGACAGGUACAUGGACAGGACGGGUUUGGAGGGAUAUGGACCAAACGUAGGCAGGUUGGACUUGUGUAGAUGAGGCAUGUUGGCCGGUGUGGGCAAGUCGGGCUGUAUGAAUCCACGAUAGAACUGGUGAAGGAGGGGGUCGCUGGUCGGCGUUGACUCGGUGGGCAUGUUUGUGCGCCCAAUCUCCAAAGGAGACCAUUCCUUUUCCAACGCUGGUCCGUGACACAAACACACUGGAACAUUUCAUCCCAUUUUAUUUAGAAUUAUAAAAGUCUAUUGUCACCAGGUGACCUAUACAUUUGCAUAUUCUUCAAUCAUAUUUUAAGGCCAAACGUGUUCAAUUGAAUUUUCUUCACGGUGUGUUUCACUCUAAUCUCGUCUCACGGUUGAAUAUUCAGAGGACCGUGAGAAGCCCAGUUUGUACGUUAAGUUAAAAGCCUAGAAAGUUCCGCCGUUCUCCGUUCUCUCUUCUUUUUUUAAAAAAUAAUUUAAAACCAGCUUAAAAUUCAGCCUCGUCUAUAAAAUAAAACGAAAAG